AUGCAAGUAAUACAGCAGCAGGAGGAAGGAAAGGGGCACCGAAGCCGACAGGGUCUAAUGCUGCGCUUCAGCCCGGUGGCUCUAAGUGCAGCACAAGACGUAGUGGCAGUAACUAACCCAAAAAACCAACAAACGAUGGAAAAGAAACGCGAACGGCCAGAGGACUCUGUACUGACGACUGGGGAAACUAAAAGGGUCAAACCUAACAGACCUCGGUCGGUAGGAGGGACCUCGGCCAGUUAUGCGGCAGCAUCGUAUAAAGCCAACGAAUUGCUGUGUUGUGUUGCUGUUAUGACUGAGACCUUCUCAGAUAUGACUCAAGAACUGGCGGAUAAUCCGCCUGAAAAUCUAGGAAAAGCUUCAAGCAUGGCAGGCAGAUCUUGA